AUGGAAUUUAGGGCUUUAAUUGGAGUUCUUCCAAGGUUAAGCGCGGUUAUUGGCUGGAUUCCAUACACUCCUUACAGAUGGUCUCCAGCUCUGCAGAAGUUCGCGGUAAAGAAGCAUCCAAUAUUCCGGAUUUCCAAGUCCAGGAGAUUUUUGAUGGAAUUGAGUUUGCUAGGGGUGACUCCAAAUCAACCUGGGGUUCGAGGUUUUGAUUUGCUGACAUGGAUAUAUCUUUCAUCUUCUUCUGUGUUUUAUUUAUUGCUUCGACUCUGUAAGUAUGUGAAUCGUAAGUUUAGCAAUCAGUAUAAGGCUACCAUUGGAGCUGAUUUCCUUAGUAAGAAGUUCAGCAAUUUAAAGUUUGAAGACAGAGCCUUCAUUUUGCAGCAGGACAAGAAAGGUUCCAAAGCUUUGGCGUGGCUUUUUAUCGAGGGGCUGAUUGCUGAGAACGUCUAUGAUGUUAAUGUGAUGAAGUCGUUUUUGCUUCAGGCUAGCCCAAAUGACCCUGAGAACUUUCCAUUUGUGGUCCUAUGA